AUGCGCCCCACGCGCGGACUCCGGGCUCCAGGCGCAGACUCCGGGCUCCAGGCGCAGACUCCGGGCUCCACGCGCGACUCCGGGCUCCAGGCGCGGACUCCGGGCUCCAGGCGCGGACUCCGGGCUCCAGGCGCGGACUCCGGGCUCCAGGCGCUACCCCGGGCUCCAGGCGCGGACUCCGGGCUCCAGGCGCGGACUCCGGGCUCCAGGCGCAGGACUCCGGGCUCCAGGCGCUACCCCGGGCUCCAGGCGCGGACUCCGGGCUCCAGGCGCGGACUCCGGGCUCCAGGCGCAGGACUCCGGGCUCCAGGCGCGGGCUCCGGGCUCCAGGCGCGGGCUCCGGGCUCCAGGCGCGGACUCCGGGCUCCAGGCGCGGGACUCCGGGCUCCAGGCGCGGGACUCCGGGCUCCACGCGCGGGACUCCGGGCUCCAGGCGCGGACUCCGGGCUCCACGCGCGGGACUCCGGGCUCCACGCGCGGGACUCCGGGCUCCACGCGCGGGACUCCGGGCUCCAGGCGCGGGACUCCGGGCUCCACGCGCGGGACUCCGGGCUCCAGGCGCGGACUCCGGGCUCCACGCGCAGGACUCCGGGCUCCAGGCGCGGGACUCCGGGCUCCACGCGCGGGACUCCGGGCUCCACGCGCGGGACUCCGGGCUCCAGGCGCUACUCCGGGCUCCAGGCGCGGGACUUCGGGCUCCAGGCGCGGACUCCGGGCUCCAGGCGCUACUCCGGGCUCCAGGCGCAGGACUUCGGGCUCCAGGCGCGGACUCCGGGCUCCAGGCGCUACUCCGGGCUCCAGGCGCGGGCUCCGGGCUCCAGGCGCUACUCCGGGCUCCAGGCGCAGGACUUCGGGCUCCAGGCGCGGACUCCGGGCUCCAGGCGCUACUCCGGGCUCCACGCGCGGGCUCCGGGCUCCACGCGCGGGACUCCGGGCUCCAGGCGCGGACUCCGGGCUCCACGCGCCGGACUCCGGGCUUCCGGCGCGGCACUGACGUCACGCCCGCGCCUGCGCCUGCGCCGUCAUCGCCGCGCGCCGGGCCGCCGAGGCGUGGGGCCGAGCAUGGCGCUGUUCCACGUGGCGCGGUACGCGGGGCCCGAGGCGGCCGGGGCCGAGGCCGAGGCCGAGGCCGGGAAGGACGGCCGGGCCCGCGCGCUGCUGGAGCGGCUGCAGAGCCAGGCCCGGGAGCGGCAGCGGCAGCGGCAGCGGCAGCAGGAGCCCGAGGCGGCCGCGCAGACCGAGGGCGCGGCGGGGAGGCGGCGGCGGCGGCCCCGGAGGCGCAAGGGCGUUGGGGUGCCGGGGAGCCCGCACGCGCCGCGCCGCAAGCGGCCGAGAGGGGACGGCGAGGACGCGGGCGCAGAUGGCAGCGAGGAGGCGCCGGGGAAGAGCGGCGUGGACGCCGAGGCCGCGGGGUCCCCCGACGAGGCCUCCGGGCCCCCAGCCCACGCUCUGCUGCUCGGGGGCUUCGGGAAGAGCAGGGCCCCAAAGGUCCAGCCUUUCCUGCCAGCGUGGUUGGCCGAGCCAAGCUGUGUCAAAAGGAAUGUCACCGAAGACCUGGUACCAAUCGAGGACAUCCCCGAAGUCCACCCUGACCUGCGGAAGCAGCUGCGGGCACAUGGCAUCUCCUCCUACUUCCCAGUCCAGGCAGCAGUCAUUCCUGCUCUCCUAGAGAGUGCGGCCAACGGGUUCCUUGUGGGUAGAGGCGGCUACCAGCCCAGGGACCUGUGUGUUUCUGCCCCGACGGGCAGUGGGAAGACACUGGCCUUCGUCCUCCCUGUGGUGCAGGCCCUGCUGCCACGAGCCGUGUGCCAGGUCCGGGCCCUGGUUGUGUUGCCCACCAAGGAGCUGGCCCAGCAGGUGAGCAAGGUGUUCAACAUCUACACGGAGGCCACUCCUCUGCGCGUUGCCCUGGUCACGGGGCAGAAGGCGCUGGCCAGGGAGCAGGAGGGUCUCGUCCAGAAGACAGCAGACGGCUUCCGCUGCCUGGCCGACAUCGUGGUGGCCACCCCUGGCCGCCUGGUGGACCACAUCGACCAGACCCUAGGGUUCAGCCUCCAGCACCUCCGCUUCCUGGUCAUUGAUGAGGCCGACCGGAUGAUAGACAGCAUGCACCAGUCCUGGCUCCCGCGCGUGGUGGCCGCAGCCUUCCACAGGGAGGGCGCCGGGGGUCCCUGUGCUCUGCUCCAGAGAAGGCAGCCCCAGGCUGUGACCGCUGCCAGCACCUGCUGGCCCCAGAUGCCCCUGCAGAAACUGCUCUUCUCAGCCACCCUGACCCAGAACCCCGAGAAGCUGCAGCAGCUCGGCCUGUACCAGCCCCGGCUCUUCUCCACACGGCCAGCUCGCGGGGGCCACGGGGAUCCCGACGUGGAUGUAGACGUGGACCCGGGCGGGAAGUACAGCUUCCCUGCGGGGCUCUCGCAUCACUACGUGCCCUGCGGCCUGCGCUCCAAGCCGCUGGUCGUCCUGCACCUGCUUCUGCACAUGGGCUUCUCCAGGGUUCUCUGCUUCACUAACUCCCGGGAGACCUCCCACAGGCUCUUCCUGCUAGUCCAGGCUUUCGGGGGUGUGACAGUGGCCGAGUUCUCUUCCCGCUACGGGCCCAGCUGGAGGAAGGCGAUUCUGAAGCAGUUUGAACAGGGGAAGAUUCAGCUCCUCAUCAGCACAGAUGCCACCGCCCGCGGCAUCGAUGUGCCAGGCGUGCAGCUGGUGGUCAACUACGACGCCCCCCAGUACCUGCGGACCUACGUGCACCGGGUUGGAAGAACCGCCCGAGCUGGGAAAACUGGACAGGCCUUCACGCUGCUGCUCAAAGUGCAGGAGAGGAGGUUCCUGCGGAUGCUGGCUGAGGCGGGGGUGCCUGAGCUGCAGCGGCAUGACACCCCCAGCGAGCUCCUGCAGCCACUGGUCCCGCGGUACGAGGAGGCCCUGUCCCAGCUGGAGAGGGCUGUCCAGGAAGAACAAAGGCGGAAGGCGGCCUAGGCAGGGCCCUAAGGGACGGGACCGAGCCUGGGGCGGCGGACAGGCCUUUCCACCACAGCAAGCGUAGGCCCCUCCCGCCGGGGCCGCACUUCCUGGAAAAGGCCUUUAGCACCUGCCAGCUCAGGCCUGGCCCCGGGACACAGGCCCUUUGUCACUGCACUGGGCCUGGCCUGAGACGGUCAAGGACGCACAAGAUCAGCCUCUGGUCAGGUGCUUUUCCUGGAAACGGCUUGAGUGUCCACGUGACCCAAGAACUGAAGGCUGGCAUCCGUCCUGCCCUUGGCCCCGUGUGCUUGCGCCGUCUGGGCUGUUGCUUUCCACCGGACUCACUCUGCUUGCCGGCCGCCGCGUCCCCAGCUGGGCUUGCCCGGGCCUUGGGCCUGAUGGCGGGGCCCAUGUCGAGCCUUUGGGCCCCGCUGUGACCUGCUGCCGCACCCCCUGCGUGAGGAGACCAGACGGACGGUUCUGUUAACACAACACCCUGCUCUCGCCCGAGGACGGGCCCGCCCUCGGGUGCGUGGACGGCCCAGAGUUGGGUCUGGGUUUUGGUCGUGGCACCUACAGGUGAUGGGAAUUGACUUCGGGAGUUGUCGGGGGAGCUCUACACACUUCCCCACGAAACAACUUCAAUUAGUAAAAACACCAGCCGUUUCAAGUCUGGAAACUGCAAGGGCAGACAGCACGUGGAGAGAUUGCCCGGGAAGAGCGUGGGGACCAGCAAGCGCGAGGAGGGGCUCAGCAUCACGUCACCAGGGAAACGCAGUCCAAACACGAGGUGGCGCCUCGCCUGCCAGGGGAGCCCGUGGAACACGGUGGACGGAGUCGCCGUGACCCCGUGGUUUCCUGACUAGACGUGUGCGAGAGAGAUGAAAGCACGUCCAGAGACUUAGGUUCAGCUCAGAGCAAGACUUCUAAUCACACAGUAGACACAUCCGAACGUCCACUGUGAUGGGCGGACGUCCACAGGGGCCUGGAGGGUAGUGACCACGGACACCUGCCACCACACAGAAGAACCUGAAUGUCCUAGCGACAAGCCCGGCACGGGGCCACGUCCUGGGGGUGCGGUUCACAUGGAGGGCCCCGGGCAGGCAGACCAAGGACGUGGAGAGAUCCGAUCCGGGUUGCUGGCUGGGGCGCGGGCGGAGAGCGGCUGGGAGUGGGUAGCUGCUGUGGGGUUUGAAAAGGUCCUCAAGUUGGACGAGUGAGUUGCCAAGUGACUCCCGAAGCCCACGUGCCCAGGCAGCUGGGGGCGCGGUGACUAGGAACACCGGUUGCCGACUCCUCUACAUCGAUCGGGCAGUGGCUUGUUGGCAGGACAGUCUGGCCCUGGCCAGGUGACUCGGUUGGAGCUUCAUCCAGGUCCACUAAGGUGGCAGGUUCGAGCCCCAGUCAGGGCACGUACAAGAAUCGACCAGUGACUGCGUAAGUGGAACAGCAAAUACACAUGUUGUCUC